UAUUGGCCUUGUGGGUUUUCUCAUUUCUAAAUUGUACAUUGUGAAAGUGAAAUAAAUGACACUUUUUCCUCACUGGUUAGGUGAUCAUUUCAAAGGAAGCAUCAUCACUGGUAAUUGAAAACACUCCUGUCACGUCUGCAGUUCAUCAUGGACCAAACUCAGCAUUCAAAUAAAGGAGCAGAGCCGGAACCUCCAGAAAAAGAACCAAGGAGACUCUGCGAUGGAUUCAAGAUGUUUAUGGUAGCCCUUUCAUUCAGCUGUAUUUGUAAGACAUUAGGUGGAGUCAUAAUGAAAAGUUCCAUCACUCAAAUAGAAAGGAGAUUUGACAUACCGUCUUCUGUUGCUGGUUUGAUCGACGGAGGAUUUGAAAUUGGAAAUUUGUUUGUUAUUGUAUUUGUGAGUUACUUUGGAUCUAAGCUACACAGACCCAAGCUCAUUGGAAUCGGUUGUUUCAUUAUGGGAGUUGGAAGUAUUUUAACUGCUUUGCCGCAUUUCUUCAUGGGAUAUUAUAGGUACUCUGCAGAAAUGGACAUUAGUCCACUGGACAAUUCAACAUUAACCUGCUCAGUUAAUCAAACUUCGUCAUUCACUGAAACAUCACCUGAGAUACUGGGAAAAGGCUGUGGAAAGGAAUCCAAGUCAUAUACAUGGAUUUAUGUCCUGAUGGGUAACAUGCUUCGUGGAAUAGGGGAAACCCCUAUAAUGCCACUGGGAAUUUCUUAUAUUGAUGAUUUUGCAAAAGGACACUCUUCGAUAUACAUAGGUACUUUGAAUACAGUAGCAAUGAUCGGUCCCAUCCUUGGCUUUAUGAUGUCAUCUGUCUUUGCUCAAAUGUAUGUGGACAUUGGAUAUGUAGACCUGAGCACUAUCAGAAUAACUCCUAAGGAUUCUCGUUGGGUUGGCGCCUGGUGGCUGAACUUCCUUGUGUCUGGACUGUUAUCCAUUAUCUGUUCCAUACCAUUCUUUUUUCUACCCAAAAAUCCAAACCAACCCCAGAAGAAAAGAAAAGGUUCAACAUCUCUGCAUGUGCUCAAAAUAGAUGAGGAAAAGACUCAAACCGUGAAUUUGACCAAACAGGAGCAACACGCUACUACAAAUAUGAUGGGUUUUCUACAGUCCUUGAAAAGCAUCCUUACCAACCACCUAUACGUUAUAUACUUGGUUUUGACAUUGUUAAAAAUCAGCAGCUUUAUUGGGUCCUUUACUUAUAUCUUCAAAUUCGUAGAGCAACAGUAUGGACGGUCAGCAUCUCAGGCUAACUUUUUGUUAGGACUCAUAACCUUACCUGCUGUGGCAACAGGAAUGUUUUUAGGAGGAUUUAUUAUUAAAAAGCUCAAGCUGACCUUGGUCGGAAUUGCUAAAUUUGCGUUUUUCACUACCUUCAUGUCCUAUCUGUUCCAGCUGUUAUAUUUUCCUCUACUCUGUGAAAAUAAAUUAGUCGCUGGUCUAACCUUGACCUAUGAUGGAAUGAACCCAGUGGACUCUCAUGUAGAUGUACCACUUUCCUAUUGCAAUUCAGACUGCAGUUGUGAUAAAAACCAAUGGGAACCCAUCUGUGGGGAGAAUGGUGUGACUUACAUUUCACCCUGUCUAGCAGGGUGCAAAUCUUCUAGUGGUGGUAAAAAGCCUAAUAAUAACACAGUAUUCUACCAAUGCAGCUGCAUCAAAGCCCUUGGUGUCCAGAAUACAAAUUACUCAGCCCAUUUUGGGGAAUGUCCAAGAGAGACUUGUAAAACAAAAUUUUACCUUUAUAUAACUGUACAAGUUGUGAACUCUUUUUUCAUUGCAAUGGGAAGCACCUCGUUUAUCUUGAUUCUUGUGAAGAAUGUACAACCUGAACUGAAAUCUCUGGCAAUGGGUUUCCACUCACUGAUUAUCAGAGCUCUAGGAGGAAUUCUAGCACCUGUAUAUUUUGGGGCACUGAUUGACAGAACGUGUAUGAAGUGGUCCGUCAACAGCUGUGGAGCACGAGGAGCCUGUAGGAUAUAUAAUUCCACACUAUUUGGAACUGUUUACUUGGGUUUGUGCACGUCUUUAAAAUCUGCAGUACUUGUUUUAUAUGUUAUAUUCAUUUAUGCCAUGAAGAGAAAAUAUGAAGGGAAAGAUACCAAGACACAUGAAAAUAGUGAGAAAGUCCCGGAUGAAACAGACCCAGAAUCCCUACAUAAUAAUGGAUAUCACUGUGUGCCUUCUGCUGCAGCCAGCCAUGAAACACGUAUGUAAGGGCAGGAAAAGACGCUUCUGCUGUUGUGCUUCCCAAAAACAUUGUACUUGUAUUGACAAUUCCCACAUCAACAUAUGGUGGAAAAUGAAUAACCCUAUGAAUGCAUAACAAAACAAACUACAAGUCCAAAGGAACGGGAGCAUCAUGGUGAGGGCAUAGCUUUGCAUCUGAGGUUAGCAUAUGUAAUCCAUGCAAAUUUAGAAUGAGAAACUUGGUUAGUAUACAAUAGAAAAACUACAAAUCAAAAGGAACGGGAGCAUCAUGGUGAGGGCAUAGCUUUGCAUCUGAGGUUAGCAUAUGUAAUCCAUGCAAAUUUAGAAUGAGAAACUUGGUUAGUGUACAACAGAAAAAAAAAUAUUCGCUUAAUUAAUCCUGACUCGGUAAAAUGAGUGACUAUAAAAUAUAUGGCGGUACAAAAGAGAGAGAGAAAUUCAUUGGCUAUGUAAGGAGAAAAGUGAGGUGUUUCUGAAAAUCAAAGUUUGGAUGGCGUGUUCAAGCCCAAGGUCUCACAUGAUGAUUUUUACAGUCCUUCAUGAUACCAUCUGGUGUUCAUGUCAAAUCAUGUUUCACAGACUUAUUAAUUUGAAAUUAUGUCAACAACUUCCUCUUCCCAUGUGCUGUUAUAACACCAACGAACCAUGUACGUGGUUCUUCAUCAGUAUUAUGAUAGAGCUGUAUUUAAAUUACAAGCUCCGAUUGUCAUAAAACAAACCAUAGGAUGUCCUUUUGUCAACUAUAGAAGUGGAUUUUUAAAAAAGACUUCAACUGGAGAAAGCAAAGACCUGGAAUAAAUAAGCCUUCACGCCCCUGGCCAGCUCUCUGGGACAAGUGUCUGCAGCCUAUCACAGAUAAGAAAUCAGCUCUCACCAUUAUAUAAUGUUUUAUUUAUUCCUUUCAUGUGUACAAAGAGAUA